AUGCUGCAACCCUUGAUGGUGACACUUACCAGCCUUAAGGAGAGCAUGCAGAAGAGCAAAACAGGUGGGAUUUUCUGCGAGUGGAUAUAUCAUCUCUCUUGGUAGGGGACAGUAAUAAGGACUUGACGUCAAGGGAUGUGAAAAUGAUGUUGGUACUGCCAUACUUCCUCGGACCUAAGCUAUUUGAUGCUGCCCCGACCAUGAAGAUGCUGGACUACAAGGUACUUAUUGGAACUUUAGCUUGCUUAAAUGUCGCCGCAGCAACGGAAUCACAUACGGGAGUCGCAACGUUUUUUACCAUUCUCCACAUUUUCUAAUGAAAAGAAAGCGAGUGCGUUAGUACAAGUAAGAGGGAAUUGAUUUUCUUAAGGGGAUUGCCUUAUGAUUUAACGGGCACGAGUGCAGUAUUUUAUAACAUGUGACUUUCCUGGCUAAUGGUCGCAUACCGAACCUUUUUCACGCCCAGUUUGCUAUCAUUACGGCCAACUAACAGUUAUCCUUUUAUGUUUGAAAAACUCUGCGUUUGUUUAAGGGGUUGUCGCUUAUGUUAUAUAGACAGCCGUUGGCAGCUGUGUGCCGUUGUUCAUGCUCUGGGAAAACAGAUGGCCCAAGAAGACAGAAUUUGUCUGCCACUCUAUCUGCAGACUACCGUCACAAACAUCGGUGGCGGAUUCUGGGACUAUUUUUAUUGAAAGCUUACUGCGGAAUAAGCGGGUGCCUGAGUCUGACGAUUAUGCACUGACUAUAAUGCCAUAUGUGACUGGAACCGAUGUGGUAAAGUGGUUGCGUCCAGAAAGGUCAUAAGCCAGAGAUAUUUAGACAUGCCGAAUGUUAUGUGCCAUUCAGUAGGGCUUUUCUCGCCGUCGCCUUACGUAAUAAAACUUCAUUAGUUGGCCGGACCUAACCGAAGAUCUGAUUUGACCCACUUCUCCUCGAUUCUAUGGGUUUUCACGAUUUAAGGAAAUGUUUUCGGACUUUACAGAAUGACCCAGACCCUCCUUGCGAACAUUGAACGAACAGCUCUCGUGGAGGGUGCCGCCAUCUUUUAACAGAAUUACAUAGCUCCCAAAUUUAAGAAAUCUUCGGCAGUGUAGUAAGACACUGCUGAGAUGCUUACAACCUGUCGUAUGUUAUCUGGCAAUGCUCCAAUUGAUAUUGACCUUGAACAGUGGUGCUCACUCGGCAUCGAAGGUGCCAACUCAAAACCUGGCUCAGCACUGUCUAUCGAGACGCGGAAGUAGAGAAUGGGUCGAGUUCUUAAAAUCUGCCGCCGCACAUCGUCAGGUGUGGAAAGGCGAAAUUCGCAACAUCGUCGGGGCCGUCCAGACCAGACAUGCUCACAACCGUAUUAAGUACAAGUUGCCCUGAUUCGCAGCAUAUUCGGAUAAUCACAAACCGUACUGAACCUAGUAAUCGUAGGCUCUUAAAAUCAGGAUGGGUCGGCCUAUUGUCCGGCCAUAGUUUGGAAACAAACCCGUAUUCCUACACAAAAAGAACUGGAGUAGAUGAUUAUAGAGUAGAUCUUACGAGAAUCGGGUCAUUUCAGUAUAGCGGUACUGAUCUGACUGGUAUUCUCAACUCCUUCCCGGUACUCGCGUUUCCCUUGUAUCGGCUGAUCUAAUUGAAAGUUAGACUGAAUUUGCCGUCGUCUGUAAGUGUUUGCGAAUCAUCACUCGAUCGUUAUACUUUUCUACAAGACGCGCUGUCCACCAGUAAACUCAUUCCCUAAGAAAUGCCUUUUUACCGCCCUUUGACCAUGCCCAGGUUAUGCCAGUUUGUCCUUCUUGGAAGCCGGGUGGCCGGUCGGGUAAGUCAAUGAGGCUUUUUAGGAUACAUUUCGUUUCUUAGCGAGCUUCGAGUGGGUAAACUAGCUGGUAUAGUCAAUGUGUUCUGCAUCGUUAGUCUCUUAGCUCGUCAGGCUUUUUGUGCUGGAUUCGGUAACCAAUUUACCCAACUUUACUGCCUUAGUUUUGCAUGUGCCCGAAAUUCCGGAGCACGCCGACAUACAGUUUGGGUAGUUGACAGCCUGCUCCUCGCUGCCUCUGUGUCGACCGCUGGCCAGUUAUAAAGACAAUUCCUCGUCGAUAUCGUCAUGCUCACUCUCAUUCGUCCUUUGGGCUUUAUUUACCCGUUAUCGCUACGAGAUUUAAAACACAAUAUCACGCGCCUAAGAGGUAAGUCAACUCUCUAGUGCCCGUUCUUCACCUGUCAGAAGGAGCGUUUUAUCUGAAAUCUCCUCGACCUCAAAAGGCCGACAAACACUCGCUACCUUUCAGCUGAGGAUGAAGUCUUCAUGACUUGGAUAUAUUUUUGGUACUCUAAGUUCCCACGGUUAUACGAAUGAAGUUCAAAUCCACGAACUUUCUAUUGCCUCCCGAUUAUGCUUUUUGCCAAGGGCUAGGAUUCUUGCUAAAUUGAUGUGUAGAAUUAAAAAAAGGCUCUCUGUGUUGCCACUCAAAAACAGGUUAGCUUGUAGAAUGUAGUUGAGAGUAGUUUCUCGGUUUCCAAAACGGAGCCUUAUGUUGACCAUUGUGAGAAUAACGAGGGCUACCGUGGUUCCUUCCACUGGGAGCUCUCCGCACUUUCCAUUACAGUUAACUAGCUUAAAGUUGUCCUCGUAAAGCGUUUAUUAUAGCCCCCCCCCCCAUUUCGUCGUGUUUUACCAUUUCAGGUAACUUACGAAAGCCAUCGUCGCUUAACCUCUGCCGGCACAAGCGACAACUCAGGCAGCAAUCGCCGGGUGUCCAUUGUCCGCCUAUUCACUGACCUGCCACCCAGAGACAUCAGACCACCAUCUGAUUUGGAGUCACAGUUCAGGCCAGUAAAAUAAGUGGUUAAUUAUCUGCGGCUGGCUUUAGUUGUUUUGGCCCGUGUUCAGCAAAGUUAACUUAUUUUGAAUUGAUUUCCACCCCAAUUGUGACCAUUAGCGGCUGACACUACGCUCAAUCUGUAGGCAUUUUAAUUUUAUUGCCACCGGAGCAUCGGCACGAGUGAGACCGGUCGUACCAAACUGUUAUGGAGCUCACGGGACUUUCGAAGUUGUAGUUUGAAAUUACUGGACUACGUGUCUGUUCGCAAGAGAGUCAAGUAACAUUCGUUUCUUGCAUUUGGAAUGGACUUUUGAGACCCUAACUAGAGGGAGUGGUGAGAGCCCUAUAUCUACACGAGACAACUGGCUGCAGUUAACAAGUACGGGGGCAAGAGGGGUACGGAAACAAGUUUUGGCAGGAGCCAGGCCCUCGGGACCCAUCCAAACCGCUAGUCAUAGGCCAGCUGAAACUGUCGAAAUCGCCACAUAAGAAGGUUUUUCACGUGACAAAACUACAAAUUUUUCGAACGUUUCUUCCCAGCGGUGUUUUUUUUUAAGAAUUGCAAGACUAGAACCUUCAGACUUGCAGUAAAAAUUCGUCCCUGCACUGAGGUCUUUUUGGCGUCUACAAAACGUGAACUCUGGCACGCAUUCGGGGAUGUUUUUUGUAAUUUGCUUUGUUACUGAAGGAGUGCCAGUAGACAGUUGGUAUUGUGCUUACUGCCUCCGACUGAUUUCUUACUUUUCCAAGACAGCUACCAUAGAGAGAUAGCUUCCUAACCCUCUUGCUUUCUUCAUCCGUAUAACUUGUAGAUUCUGUGAGGACUGCCAGCGAUAUUCCAGUGUUGAAAAUCCCCACUGCGAUCUUUGCAAGGCUUGCACAACUUUGGUAGUUAUUUCAUUUCCCACUAAUCAGCACAGCGCGUUAUUACUUUUAUUCGUGCCAACCUUUUCGACGAUGGAAAAUAUAAAAUAAGUAGCCACUUCUCCAUUUUAGCACGGCCGUCCGUACGUUCAUUGCAACGCUUGUUCAAGAUGCCGACCACCGGACCGUGUCCACUGCUACACGUGUGGAUGGUGCGUCCAAAAUUCUGCGGAGCAUAACCACCGCAGCGAACCCUCGCGUGAGUCCAGGAAGAGAAAAAUAUUUCAAUAA